CGAAUCGCGUCGCAAAGCUUUCGAUUGUAUCAUCUACUGUCGGAAAACAGAACCUAGUACAAUAGACAGCAACUUUAGCGACUAGCAUCAAGAAUGUCACGGAAAAGCGUCAUGUCGUCCACAUUCGAGCCCUCGCUCUCGACUAGCCGACAGCCCCUCGGGCCAUCGCUCGCCGAUACCCUACCCAGCAUCAACUUUGGUUUCGAUGAGUUGCGCGAUCGCAUGGCCAAGUUCACGGCCAAAUUUGACGCUUUUAUUGAGCAAGGGCGCAAGCGCGUGCUGGAGGAGAGGAACCAGUUUAGGAUGAACGUGGCAGAGCUUCAGGAGGACCAACGUAUGAAGAAAAAGGACAUUGAAAUCCUCCAACUCAAAACCAACACCUACCAACAGACCAUGGCCAAGGAGGCCGCCGAAACACGCGAAAUGCAAGCCGCCAUCGCUUCGCUCACCGAACAGCGGGAUAAGCAAGCCGCGAUGCGUGACGCUUUGAAAGAGCAAAUUGCCGCCACACAGAGGGAGAUUGAUGCGCGUCUAGCAGCGCAAAGGGCGCACGCUGCGCAACUGGAGGCGCAGGCGAGGUACAACGUGCCAGAGCUGGAUUUCUGGGUAACGAACCUGUGCAUGCGGAUCGAGGGUGCCGGAGCAGAGGACAGGCUCAAGUUUGUCUAUACGCACAUUGAUGAGAGGAACUGGGAGCGAGAGGCUUGGUUCGAGUUGAGCAUGAGUGGGAGGGACUACGACGUGAGGCAUUGUAGGCCAAAGCUGGAAAGAGAAAAGGUCGAAAAAGUGCUGGACCGGGUAAACGAGACUAGGGAGCUCGUAGUGCUACUUAAGGGCAUGAGAGAAUUGUUUGUUGAGGCCAUGAAAUCUUGAUUCCAGUUCAGCUGGCCUGGAUCGCGAGUUUGGAUAGUUGCGGUUAGAUACCCCGAAUAUUGGACGUCCUGACCUGU